CCAAACAAAAUCACCGAGGGCACAACGGGAAUAUUUCGAAAACCCAUAAAUAGCUCACAAAGUGGAAAGGAGCCCACCUUUGACCAUCGCGGACUCCAGCGAGCCCGCCGUUCGCCGUUGAGUCGUGAGCACGCGCAUCGUCCGGUUAUUCAGCAGCAGCAUCACCAUCAGCAGGAGCAGCCACCGUGAACGUGCGUAAACCCCCGUCGUUCCACAUCUUUCCACAGGUGACUGUGCGUGUGUGUGCUUCGUUGUGCUUGGUUGAUUGUGGCUCGAUUGUGGCUGUCGCGACCAUCAUCAUCAGCAGAAGAAACAAAGUGUCUCCCUAUUGAUUCGUAGCGCGACAAGUGCCGUGACGUUGUGCGUGGUCUGUGCGUGUAUUAACAAACAACUCAACGAUAUGCUGGAACGGCGGGAGCAGCGGCCAGCAUCGUCACGAUACCAUAUGGUAGCAUCCGCUAACAGCAGUAGCAGCAACAGCAGCAACACCUGCACCAGGAGUAGCAACAGCAUCCCCCGCAAAAGCAAUAACCUGCCACCGUUAGUCAUCAUGAGCUGCUGUUGGGUGUUGGUGGUACUGUGCGGAUGCCUGGCCAUCGAUGGUGUUCCGUUGGCCAGCGGACUCCCCGAAGGUGGUGGAGAUUUCCCGGUGGGACGGUUCCCCUUCCUGAUGCCCAAAGUGGUACCCUACAAGCCCGAACUCUACCUCUGCACACCGGUGAAGGUGGAUUACACCAAGAGCUACUAUAUCGUGGGCUUCGAACCAAAUGCAACCAUGGCCACCGCUCACCAUAUGCUCCUGUACGGGUGCGAUACUCCCGGAUCGGAAUCGGCCGUGUGGAACUGUGGUGAGAUGGCGGGCGCUAGUGAGUACAGCCACAGUCCGUGUGCGAGUGGUGCACCGCAACAGAUCAUCUAUGCGUGGGCCCGGGACGCGCCGAAGCUGGAACUACCGGAUGGGGUCGGCUUUAAGGUGGGCAAGGAUUCCCCAAUUAAGUACAUCGUGCUCCAGGUGCACUACGCACAUAUUGAUCAUUUCAAAGAUGGCAAAACGUCGGACGACUCGGGCAUCUUCAUCCACUACACGACGCAACCACAGCCGAAGCAAGCGGGCGUGAUUCUGCUCGGUACCGCCGGUUACAUUCGCCCGAUGACUACCGAGCACAUGGAGACGUUGUGCGACGUGACGGAGGAUAAGGUGAUCUAUCCGUUCGCCUACCGAACGCACACGCACAGCCUAGGCCGGGUGGUUUCGGGCUAUCGGAUUCGGAAGGAUGAAUCCGGUGAGGACCAUUGGACGCUGCUUGGUAAGCGGGACCCUCUGACGCCUCAGAUGUUCUAUCCGGUGGAGAACAGGGAACCGAUCCGGAAGAACGAUCGACUAGCCGCUCGCUGCACGAUGGAGAGCAAUCGUACCCGAGUGACCAAGAUUGGAGCUACGAAUGAGGAUGAGAUGUGCAAUUUCUAUCUGAUGUACUUCGUGGAUCAGGGUGAACCGCUGCAGAUGAAGUACUGCUUUAGCAAUGGUCCACCGUCGUUCCAUUGGACCAACCAGGAGACACAGCUGAAUCACAUUCCCGACCUGGACGCGAGUACGCUGUAAGCGUCGGGUCGUCCGUCGUCCGUUAACCGCGUCCCAGGCUCACGUCACGUCCUGCCCCUAGUUGAUAGCGGUGGAGCAUGGCCCAUCAGCGCUCUUCGCACUCAUACGUUCGAUCGAGGAUCGAAAAUCUGUGUGCCCGUUCACCUUGGAGUACGAAUGUCCAUAUCACAAUUUUAAAACGCUACAGGAACACAUCACUCCCUGGGAUAAUGGGAUGAGAAGGGAACGAUAGAGGAGACUGCGGUGCUGCAAGCGAGAGUUAGUUGGACCGCUGUUUCUCAGGCCUGGAAUUUUAGGAGGUGAUCCAAAACGCAUUGGGCGAAAAGGGAAAUAGUUGUUUUCUCGUGCUUCCGCCAGCCAGCAGCUGCUAGGUGAUUAUGUUACGCUGUAAGAUUUCAUUCUAGUCAUUCGUUGAAGAGGGGAGCACUAUUUCACUGAAGCGGAAGGUGGCCGUGGCGUCCUGUACGUUUGCUUUUGCUGUUCUUAUGGGGGAAGCGAAUGGCUGCGGAAUGAAGCGUAGAAUUAUCAGAAUAAUCAAGGAAAACGGAUGGAAAGGCUGGAGAAUGAAGACUUUUGCGGAACCGAUGGUACAACCACGAUACAGUGACAGAGAUAGAAAUGGAGCGAUCGAGAAAGAGAGAGAGAUAAAGAGAAAUGGAUGGUACUUACAAGAUAUAGCAAACAGCAGAUUGGCGGCAUCCGAUGCCCUACAUCGGUGCAGUGGCUUAGUAGCUUAACCCAGAUUCCCUCACUGGAUGUUGGUAUAUUUACUUGAUCGUGUGCUGCUCCGAUUUAAAGUUUGUUAAUUAAGAGCGGAAGAGGGUUUAUAAUACUUUAACUUAAUAGACUGCAAUCGACGCAUUGGACCUCCUCGUUAUCGUUAGUUCUACAGCAACA